CGGCCCGGCCUGAGGGGGCGGCCCGGGCGCGUUUGGCGCCUUCGCCGCCAUGGAGCCGGAGCGGCUGCGGCGCCGCCUCAGCUCCGCGUUCCGCCUGCGGGGGCUCGUCCUGCGCCCGGAUGCCCUGAAGUAUCUCACUGAAGCUUUCCAGUCCACCAGUGAGGGAGAACUUGACGAUAUAAUUGAAAAUGUCAUCGAUGCAGUUGAAAAACAGCCUUUGUCAUCCAACAUGAUUGAGCAGCCCUUGGUGGAAGCAGCAGUCCAGGAAUGCAGCCGGGCCCCGGAUGAGGCCAUAGAAAACGUUUUCAACAUUAUUGGAGCCUUUGACAUUCCACGUUACAUUUAUAAUUCAGAAAGAAAGAAGUUCCUGCCCCUGUCCAUGACUGACCUGCCUAGGCCGAGUUUAUUUGGGACUGCCAGGGACAAGGCAGAGCUGUUCCGGGAGCGCUACUCCAUCCUCCAGCAGAGGACUCACAGACAUGAGCUGUUCACUCCUUCACCAGUUGAUGCUCAUCCUGAUGAUGGCAAGAGCAAAUUCCAGCUAAGGACAGUAGAAACUCUCUUGGGCAAUCCAGCUAAAGUGGGAGAAGUGAUUGUGCUUGGGAUGAUCACUCAGCUCAAGGAGGGGAAAUUUUUCCUAGAAGAUCCCACAGGAGUGGUGCAGCUAGACCUUAGUAAAGCACAGUUCCACAGCGGGUUAUACACUGAGUCCUCCUUUGUGCUGGCAGAAGGUUGGUAUGAAGAUGAAGUUUUUCAUGUGAACGCUUUUGGAUUUCCGCCCACUGAGCCUUCUGCUACCACGAGAGCCUUCUAUGGGAAUAUAAACUUCUUUGGAGGGCCUUCCUCAUCAUCAGUAAAGGCUUCUGCAAAGCUGAAGCAGCUGGAGGAAGAGAAUGAAGAUGCCAUGUUUGUGUUUGUGUCUGAUGUGUGGCUGGACCAAGCAGAAGUGCUGGAAAAGCUUCACAUGAUGUUUUCGGGUUAUUCCUCUGCACCUCCCACCUGCUUUUUCUUCUGUGGAAAUUUUUCAUCUGCACCAUAUGGCAAAAAUCAAAUCCAGUCCCUGAAAGGUUCUUUGAAGGCUCUGGCAGAUAUUAUAUGUGAAUAUCCCAGCAUCCAUAAAAGUAGUCGAUUUGUGUUUGUCCCUGGUCCUGAAGAUCCUGGGCCUGGUUCUAUUUUACCAAGACCCCCCUUGGCUGAAACUAUCACUCAGGAAUUCAGACAGCUGGUGCCAUUUUCAGUUUUCACCACAAAUCCCUGCAGGGUUCAAUACUGCACCCAAGAAAUCAUUAUUUUUCGGGAAGAUUUGGUCAACAAAAUGUGCAGGAACUGUGUCCGUUUCCCAAACAGCACCAUGGACAUUCCCAACCAUUUUGUGAAGACCAUUUUAUCCCAGGGGCACCUGAGCCCGCUGCCGCUGUACGUCAGCCCCGUGUUCUGGGCCUACGAUUAUUCCCUGAGGGUUUAUCCCCUGCCAGACCUGCUGGUCACCGCUGACAAACACGACCCCUUCACUGUCACCAGCAGCGACUGCCUCUGCAUCAACCCUGGUUCGUUUCCCAGAAGUGGAUUUUCCUUCAAGGUGUUUUACCCCUCCAACAAGACAGUUGAAGACAGCAAGCUUCAAGGACUCUGAAUUUCUGUGGCACUGAAAAAAGGCAGUGAACCCAUGGGAAGCCAACUGUAUUUUUUUUUUUACAUGCCUAAGUUUUGUGAUGUAUUAUGGACUUUUUCAAAACUGAUUUGUUUUGUACACAAAUAAACUUUCACAGGAAAACA